CGCUUGAGCCAGCCAGGGAAGACUUGUCCAUUGACAUCGUACGCUCGUCUCUUCCAGGACCAGCUCUUACCUGCCAUGGGGUGCCUGACGGGCAGCCACUGCGAGCGUCCCGAGUCUCGACUCGAGUUUGAAAAACGAUCUCCGUUCCUACUUUUACGACAAUCCCUCAGCCAUCGAGGCCAGAAGAAGUGUGUACGUGUUACGAAACUGAGGAAGUAGUUAUCAGGCUCAUCAGAAGUACACAGCAGGCUGACCUGUCUUUCAACAUCUUAAAAAAAAAAAGGGAAGACAGUUGAUUCAACGUUUGGGUUUUGUUGCAUCGAUCGUUGACAUAGGUGUGUAGGUGUGUGUACAGCUAACGACUUGAACAGGAGUGACACACUUGCUGAGUGACACACUUCAUUACCUGGGAUUCAACCACCUGAAAUGGAACACCCAGCGGGCACAGUAUGGCUGAACGCGCAAAUCGUCCUUUGAAGACUGAGCAGGUAAACCUCGCCGGUAGAAGGAGACCAGGGUCAAAUCGCGGCAAGACAGACAACGAAAGAAGUGAAAUGGCCGACGACGAAUUAAAUCUCGCAGGUCGCCAUGAUCCGAACAGUAAAACAACAACUACCACUACUACCACCAUGACUACAACAACCACAAGGAGUACAAAGACAGCGAGAACAAGAUCGACUACAGCAAAACCUACUACAACCACUGUUAAUGUUGUGACACCAGAAGACAGCAAUACAGGUGAUGAUAACAGUGGUGAAGGUGCGGACCCAGGAAAAAGCCAACAAGAGGCGGACAAGCGCUCAACACAUUGUCAACCUCUCGCAGGUACCCACAUAGACUUCAUUAAAAAAAACUUGGAGCUUAUGCAGACGAAGUGCGAGAAGUAUCACACCUGCACCGGGGAGUUGUAUAACUCGGAGAACUUCUACCGCAUUAUUGCAGGGGGCAAUAUUCAGCUCCGUAACAUCUGUGGUCUAGUGUACAGUUCUACUGGCAGCUACAGAACACUGAAUGACCAGUGCUUACCCACAGAGAGGGAGUCCAUCAGACAGCAGUUGAACGAUGAGCUUAUAGACCAAACGGAAAAACAGACGGAUGAGAAGACCGCAUGGGGAAAAUUAUCUGCCUGCUUGGACAGACGUAAGAUGGACGACGAAGAUCCUAUAAAUACCUUGUGCAGGAUAAAGGGAAGCACUACAGCCCCGCUGUGCAACAUGACUGAUGUGCAAACGACUACGGAGACAUUUUUCAACGAGAAGCUGAGUGCGCUUCACUGCUCCUGCGAUGCUGUCAAGGCAUUAACUCAGGAAUCGCCCGUGCGACUGGGUGCGCUGCUUGGCGGGAUCUGCAGUGGGGCGGUCGUUCUGCUCCUUAUCGUUAUCAUCAUCGUCCUUUGCCUUCGGCACCGCAAGCUCAAGCGCCGUUUGACAGCGGAGUCCAAACGUUCAGGAAACAAUAUGUCGCCACAGGAUGAGUCUUGUCCCAUCUACCAGGAGAUUAAUGAUCCUUCUCGGGGUCCCGAUGCUUGGUUGAAGUGGGGCAAUCCUGGUUACCGGCUGGCCCACCGACCACCCACGCUACCCUACCGCUACACGCCCACCCUUCUUCAGGGUGCUGGCAGCCCCAACGACCACGAGUACCUGGAGCCGCUGCCGGACAUCAGCAACGUGCAGCCUGGACAGACGCUGCCAGGCCCUUUGCGGGACCUCCAGUACGAUCUUGCCCAGCAGGUCGCGCCCUCCCCGAACACUGAGAGGAAGACGAUGGCGGGAGAUAGCGCGGAGGGUGUCAGCAAACCGCCAGAGGAGGGCACCUAUUUCGAGAAGCUCGACAGGCAGGCCGGGAAGGACAACGACGAGGACGGAGGCUACUCCACCUUGGGCCGCAAGCCCACUCUGCGCGUCCGGGGUCCACCGGAAGUCGGCGAAGAGUUGCAGCCCCUCAACAGCCAACCACCAGCUUCAGAGGAAGAUCAAGGACAUAGUAGUACUGCCGACCCACCGUACUUUGUGCUGGAAAGAACUUUGACCACUCAGGUGUAGAGACUGAGCCAGGAAGAAUCUUAUGCCGUACCACGUGUGUGCAGUUUAUACAGUUUAUUGUGAUGAAUGGGUUUGGUGAGGUGACAACACUGUGCAGUCUGUGGCACCAACCUUCGAGUUUACUUUGAUUUGCCCACUGUCUUGCCAGAGUAGUCUUGAGUUGCAAGGGGGAGGGGGUGCGAAGAAAGGACUGCACCCAGUGUUAAGGUCCAUAAAAAUGUAAUUAGCACAUUUGAGUGCUAUAAAUAUUAUUUUCCUUCUUAAACCUGCAGCCGACAACGUACUUCGACAAAUUCGUUGACAGUUGACUGCACGCAAAUGGAGGACAAGAUACUGUUCAAAUUGAACAUACGUACGCAGAUCUGUCUGAUGGACACGACACAUUGUUUGGUACAUAAAAUGGAAAGGAUACUCAGCAAUAAGGAUGUUUGUACACUGGACUGUAGCAACACAGGACUAGACUGUUGGAUUCUGGACAGUAUUUCCGGUUGCACCAAGAACGGACUGUCCUCGUUGAAGGAAGUGAGAAAGCGAGAGCUAGUGGGUGAAAGAAUAGUGAUCCGGAUGUUUGCGAGCUGUCGGAGAAGAGUAUUUCGCUCAUUUUAAUGUUGCUGCUCAAAGAUUAAUUUGAGGUUUCUGACCGAGCAGUCUUACUCCUAGUCGACAAAUUCAGUCAAAGAGACAUUGACUGAGCUUGCUGUGCUCCCAGAGAUUGUUAGUAGUGUUCAUACAUGUGUGCUUACGGGCAUGUGUACAUACGCCUGUAUGUUAGGCAAGGUAGUGACUUACACAUGUGCGUUCGUGAGAGGUUGGGUUGUGUACAAGAGAGGAAGAGACUAAAGUAGUCUUGUUAAGGGGUGUGCAUGGUGUUGUGUAUAACACAAUUUUAUCAGUUUUGAAGACUUGGUGAACUGACCUUCCAUUUUUUUUU